UCCCUGUCGUUCGAAACGAUACCAAAAGAAAAGGAACCAAGACCAUGUCUUCUCUAGCCUGAGUCCAGACAGUGUGAAUAUUCGCGGUGUCUCCCGCGAUCGCCUCGCAAAACAAACGUUCUACGAACCGCUUGCUAGAGGCGCGCGAUUUUGAAAAAAAAAAUAGAAAAAGAAACGGUAUGCAAACAAGUGCACCUGGACAGGUGCGAACAGAAACAAGUUCCGUAGAUCGUUGCACGUAAAAACUUUUUCCGUGACCGUGUGUCUCCCACCCACCGGCUUGGGCUGGUACACUGCUAUCAUCGUUACAGUUAAGGACCGUCGAGUUGCUUACCAACCAGGUCUGGAGAAAAAAUCUAAAGGAAAAUGAGAAGGCAAUCGCACAGCCCGUGCCUGAACGCAGGAAGCAGCAUUGGCGAACCACAAAUCAUCGUCGAGGAAAGCACACUAGAAGAAGAGGAAGCGGAACGGCGUAGACAGGAAUCGCCUCCGCUGUCUCUCGAUCGAGAUUCACCAUCUCUGAAUCCCGAUUUAUUGUACCCAUGGAGGGACACCAGGAAACACUCUUUGCCUACUCCGCAAUGCACUUCCGGGAUAACUGCAUCUCAGGUGAGGCGAUUGAGCGAACGUGGAGGCGAAGGAUCAGGACCAUCGCCGAGGGAGGCUGCCUUUCUGGCAACUCUAUCUCAAGCGCCAGCCCCACAGCCUGGCGGCAGAAGGCAUUCCGUCGUGACAAUCUCCAAAGUGCCGGCGACUCUAUUCGGCCGUAAUAGUCGUCGCGAAUCUUUCGCCGCCUUUCCCUUAGGGGGUGCAACCAGAAUAUUACCCGGUCGUCGAGAUUCGGAGUCUGGGCUAUCGGGUCCGCAAAGUAACAGUGGAAGCUCGCAUAAUCUUCAGCUGGACAUAAUGGACAAUAUUGCAGAAAUUAAACCAAGAAAGGUACGUAUGAAAAUGUACAAGACGUCGACAGAGCAGGUGUGCGAGAUACAACCGUUAGAGGGUAACAGUUCCUCCCAGCGAUACACUCAGUAUCAGAAGACUUCGCCUCUGCAAAGACGAGCCUCGGAAAUCCCAAGAGCCAUGGGCGCGUCUAUUGCCGGUGCAGCUGGUAUCGUUUGCUCGAACACCGAUUUAAUAUCGAUCCUGAGCUCAUUAGCGACCUCGGCGACGGAGAUCAAUCGAUGCGGCGAGGAAGCGUCGAGAGACGAAAGCAAGUCCAGCUGGGCUGGAAAGACGACCGAGCAGAAACGGAACCGUCUUAAGAGUUUCCGUUCGAACAGUUUCGAUGUGUCGAUCCUGCACGAAGCCAAGGAGAAGCUCGCUGGAUCCUCAAAGGCGGCCGCCGCUUCCACCGUCAUGGCGCCCUCUAAUUGGUUCACCAAGAGACAUCAGCCGAUGUCGAAAAAACAGAAACCGGAGAGCUUAAUCACGGCCAACUUAAACUUCAAGCUCGAUAAAUCGAAGGUUGUAAAAGCGGUGAAGGAAACGCUUGGGAAAAGCUCGCCUACAGGGGACGUCAGGCACAAUGUCGUCUGGGACGGCACCAGUGGCACUAAAGUGGACGCUCAGGUAUUGGGCACUGCAAUCGAGAAAGUCCUAACAGCGAACAAGGGGAAUGACGCAGUAGCUUCCGGAUCAUCCGGAAAACCAGCCGUAUCUCCGAACAAACAAAAAUCCGGCAAAGUGACCACUUGGUUUUCAGGCAAUACCAAGGAGCAAGAACAAACCGAAACCUGCGAGCAAUCGAUCUGCUCCUCAUUAAAAGACCUCUUCGUUAAGUAA